ACUAUAUAAACCAAACCCCAACCAUCAAAACCAUCUUUCUCUCCCCCAACAUUCUCGUUCUUUUUCUUCUUCUCUCUUCUUUCUUCUCUUUCUCUCUCCCCCCCUCUCUCUCUCACAUGGAGAAUCCUUCAUUUUCACCACCAUUUCCGCCUGAGUUAGAUUUAGACAACCUCAAAGCUAUCAAAAUCCUUGGCAAAGGAGCCAUGGGAACUGUCUUUCUCGUCCACGACACAGUCGCCGACCCUACCGCUCGUUUCCCUUUUGCCCUCAAGGUCAUCCAAAGAUCCAAACAUGACGCUGAUCGUCGAGCCCGUUGGGAAAUUGAGGUUUUGACCAGGCUUUCUACUCCCGACCCAGCUCUUCACCACCCAUUUCUUCCUCGUCUUUUAGGUAGUCUCGAAACCCCCGAGUUCCUUGCUUGGGCUAUCCCUUACUGCCCUGGCUCCGACCUCAACGUCCUCCGUUACCGUCAAAAUGAUCGCGUCUUCUCCGCUGCUGUUAUCCGGUUUUACUUGGCUGAGAUCCUCUGCGCUCUCGAGCACCUGCAUUCCCUGGGUAUCGUUUACCGAGAUCUCAAGCCUGAAAAUAUCCUCAUUCAACAGUCAGGUCACGCAACUUUAACGGAUUUCGACCUUUCACGCAACUUAAAAAGGAGGCAACUAUCAGAUAUUUUAACUGACGAGACCAAGGAUCAGAAUUCUUUGUCUGAAAUUCCGGUCCGACGUAAAUAUCGACGAAACUUUAUUCGUUGGAUCCCCGUUGUACCUGAUAACAAGUAUAACAAAGCUUUGAAGAAAGCGAAAUCGGCCCGAGUCAGCCCAGUGAGUCGACGGAAGCUGAGUUUCUCAAACGGGGAACGUUCCAACUCGUUCGUGGGCACCGAGGAAUACGUGUCACCUGAAGUAGUACGUGGAGAUGGACAUGAAUUCGCCGUCGAUUGGUGGGCUCUCGGAAUUCUAACCUACGAGAUGCUCUACGGGACGACACCCUUCAAAGGGAGGAAUCGGAAAGAGACGUUUCGAAACGUUUUGGCCAAAAAGCCGGAGUUCAUGGGACAACGAAACGCUUUGACGGAUUUGAUCGGACGGUUACUACAAAAGGAUCCGAUGAAGAGACUCGGGUAUCACAGAGGAGCACGCGAGAUCAAGGAGCACGCGUUCUUUAAAGGGGUCAGGUGGGACCUCUUAAGUGAAGUGUUACGACCGCCAUUUAUUCCGUCAAGAGACGACUGCGACUUGACGGAGAAAGUAACGCCCGGACAAAUGGACAUAAGGGAAUAUUUCCAGAGUUUGAAGGCUCCAUCGUCUAUGCCACCGUCACCGUUACCGUCACCUUCAUCGGAUCAUAGACGGAAUGUUUCUUUCACGGAGUACUAACGCACGUGUGAGAGUUUGGAUGCACGUGUAAGGUUCAGUUAGAUAAAACUCUUUUCUUUCUUUUUAGUUUUCAUUCUGUAGUGUACAUAAAAUAACACUAGAAACCUGAAAAUGGCGGAGAUCAGUGGUAUAAAGCCAUUAUAAAUUGCAGUAUUAUACAAUUGUUUAUAAGGUUAUUAUACCUUUUUGAUGA